AGCUCCCUGCUUCCUCUGACUGUGUGUGUGUGUGUGUGUGUGUGUGUGUGUGUGUGUGUGUGUGAGAGAUAGACACAGGCAUCCGCUCCCAGCAUCGCGCUGCCUCCUGCAUCCUCCGGCAGCAAGUGCAGGGCUCUGGCUUCCCGGGUACCACCCUUGCCGCUCCAUCCCUCCAUCCCUCCAUCCAUCCAUCCAUCCAUCCCCUGACAGGGAUUUGCACGCGGGGCACGGCAUGCGGUGAGCACCCGCGGGCGCAGAGGGGCUCGUGGCCAGAGGCAGCGGCGAUGGACAUCGUGUGGACUGCUGUCUAGGGCUCCUGUUCCCAGAGCGACCCCGAUCUUGAGCCAUGGGGGUGCUGAUGUCCAGGAGGCAGACGGUGGAGAGGGUGCAGAAGGUCAGCUUGGCCGUGUCAGCCUUCAAGGACGGGCUGCGGGAGCAGCCAUCGACACGGCGUCGGACGGAGGCGGGGACUGCACGCCAGGGGACGCUGGAGCAGGAGGUGCAAGAGGGAGAGGAGGAAGCGGUGGCCGGGCCUUCCCAGCCGGAGGAGAGCAGCGCCGCCAAGGCGGCCUGGGAGCGGCUGCGAGAUGGCCGGGGCGUGGAGCCAGAGGAGUUCGACCGGGCCAACAGGUUCACGCCACCGGCCUUCAUCCGGCCCAAGAGGGAGCUCCACGAUGAUGAGCCCCCGGACAUCAGCCUGGAGCAGAGGGAGCAGAUCCUGAAUGACGAGAUGUGUGAGAUCUGCGAGGUGUGGACAGCCGAGAGCCUCUUCCCCUGCCGCAUCUGCCACCGGGUGUACCACGACGGCUGCCUGCGCCGCAUGGGGUACCUGCAGAAGGACAGCGCCGUGGAGGUGACAGAGACCGCGCACACCGAGACCGGCUGGAGCUGCUACUACUGCGACAACCUCAAUCUGUUGCUGACAGAGGAGGAGAUGUACAGCCUGAUGGAGACCCUAAAGAACUGCAAGAUCAUUCCAGAGAGCUGCCUGACCCUGGAUGACUUCCUGCACUACAAACACCAAGUGCACAAGCAGCAGUUUGAGCGGACCAUGCCCGAGGCACAGGAGGAGCAGGCAGCCCUGCAGUUCAACGCCCUGGACCCUGACAAGAAGGGGCACAUUGAGUGGCAGGACUUCCUCUCCCACGAGUCCAUCCAGCUGCUGCAGAAAAUACGGCCGCAGAAUGCCCUUCUGCGGCUGCUGACACCCAAGGAGCGGGAACGGGCACGGACAGCCUUCCUGGCCCUGGACCAGGACAACGAUGGCUUUAUCGGGGAGGCUGAGUGCCGCCAGGCCCGGCACAGCUGGUUCCGCAAGCACCAGAAGGAGAUGCUGUCCUGCAAUGUCAGCAUCAGCCAUGUGGGGCCCAUAUCAGAGGGCAGCCCCGCCAGCAGCAGGAACGGCAAGAGCCCGGAGAAGAUCCUGCCAGCCACAAAGCAGGAGGAGACCAGGAGCAUCGACUGGCCCGGAUUCCUGCGGGAGAACGUCGCCUACAUCCUGGCCGCGCGCCCCAACAGCGCCGCCCUGCACCUGCAGCCCCUCGCCUAGAGCCGG